AUGGGUCGCUCUCAGGAGCUCAAUGAACUCUAACGUAGUACCGUGAUAGGUUGCCACCUGUGCAGUAAGUCCAUCCGUGACAUUUCCUUGCUAAUAAAGGUCAACUGUUAGUGGUAUUAUAACAAAGUGGAAGCAACUGGGAACAACAGCAACUCAGCCACAAAGUGAUAGGCCAUGUAAAAUGACAGAACAGGGGGUUUGGCUUGGCCCCUUAGUUCCAGUGAAGAUAACUCUAAAGGUAUCAGCAUACCAAGACAAUUUGGACAAUUUCAUGCUCCCAACUUUGUGGGAAGAGUUUGGGGAUGGCCCCUUC